AUGCUGCGUCCGAAAGUAGCGGAUGCUUUGUCUUACCUGGACCUCGUUAAAGCUCGGUUUUCAAAUCAACAUGCCAUCUACACCGAGUUUUUGGAUGUUAUGCGGGAAAUUGGUACCGAUGUUGUCAUACGACGCGUCCGAGAACUCUUCGAUGGCCAUCCUGACCUCAUCGAUGGAUUUAACACCUUUAUCCCCCAGGGAUAUCGCAUGGAGUGUUCUGCCUCAUCAAGACCGCUGCCAACACAAGCACCAGCCGCAUCAACAAUCGCUCCUAUUUCCUAUUCAACUGAACUGGCCUUUGUCACUAGCGGUGCGGAUUCAUCCUCUCGUACAAAUUACUAUACCACUUGUCCUUUGAAUGCCAAUUCACCAAGCCAACCACCCCUUCUGCGUUCGCAUUUAACCACAACCACAGAUUCUCAUACUCUUCACCCUUUGAAUGUUGGUUCAGUACCGCCAACUCAGCCCAUCAGCACCGUUGCCAUCGUGGAAAAUCCAGAUGCUUUGCGUGGAUCCACUCCUAGUCAUAUGGUUUUUCCCCAAACUUACAUAUCAAAUGUGCAGCAACAGCAACAUCAGGCGCAGUCAUUCAACCACGCUAUAAUAUAUGUCAAUAAAGUCAAGAACCGUUUUCAAGCUAAGCCUGAUGUGUACAAAAGCUUUUUGGAAAUACUCCAAUGGUAUCAGAGAGAGCAGGGUCAUACAGACUCUCUGCGACGCAAGAAGGCCGAACAACAAGUAUAUCAAGAUGUAGCAAAACUACUUCAUGGCCACGAAGAUCUGCUCCAGGAAUUCAGUCGUUUCCUUCCCGAAUCCACGGGUGUCGCAUCGGACAUUUCCGACGUUAGCACAAAGGGAGUGCCCUAUGGAUCCGUUAGCGAAUUGUCUUCAGCAGUGCAUUUGGGAUCAUCCCAUAACCGUUUUGCCCCCGGCGGUUUGCCCCCACCUCCCGACUCUCACUGGCACCGUGUUCCUGAUUCAUCACCCAAUCUAAGCUCCCCUGGUUUGGGUCCCCAGUCUUCAGGUGCAGCUGAAUCAAAGAAGAUAAAGAGAACGGCACAGUCUUCUACACCACAUGCAGGCGUUUCGACUGAGCCAAAUAUUGCUAUCAAAAAAUCUCGCCAGUCGGUUCGUGAUGUAAGCAUAGCAGACACGGCUUCGUUGCUUAACGGUGGUGACGCCACACUCCUCCAAAAGAUUCGUGAUGCCCUAGAAGUCGAUGUGGGUAGUACCAGUCGGCCUUAUCAAUCACUUCUCCAAAAUAUUAGUUUAUUUAACAGGAAACUGAUCACAGAAAGCCAAUUAAUCGACACAGCCAAAGUGUUGCUUCAAAGAUUUCCUGAAUUAUGGCGGCAGUUCCGCGAUCUUUUCAGUGCUGUCGCACCGGAAAUUGGCGGCCGGACACACAGUAUAAGUUCGCCGAACGACCAAGUUGGCUAUCGAGUGUGUACACCCGAUCGUGAGGGCGAGAAUGACAAGCGGGCAGGUGGAAUGUCCCUGAGUUUUCAGCCUCCAGCACAAUCGAAUUCAUUAUCAAGUCCUCCUUUAUCCGAUUCAAACAUCACUCAUCCACUGGCUGGACCGGACAACGCAGCAAUGAUUGCACUUGUUAGUGAGGUAUCACAGCGCCGCCUGGACCUAGAUUUCAAUAAACUGCGCACAUGUGGCGCCAGCUACCGCGCUCUACCGGCGGAUUUUCCUCAGCCCAAAUGUUCCGGCCGCGCAAAAAGUGCUAUAGCACGAACCGUUUUGAACGAUUCAUACAUAAGUUUUUCAUCACUGACUUCAGAGGAUUCGCAGUUUGUUUCCUCUAAAAAGAAUCAGUACGAAGAGAAUAUGUAUCAUACCGAAGACGAAAGAUACGAGGCGGACAUGAUUAUGGAAGUUAACCGCGCAGCCCUCCAAAACCUAAUCGUGGUAAAACGCCGAAUUGAUCGCAUGAACCGAGAGGAACAGCAGAGUUUUCAUCUUGAUGACCUUUUGGGCGGAACCUCUGCUAUAUUGAUGAAAAAAGCCAUUCAUAGGUAUGCAAACUUCAGUUUACGUGUCAUCUGCUACCAAUGCACCAUUUUUAUUAUUCACCAUCGUUUUUGUCACAUCCUUGACAAUUUUGGCCGCAGCCUUAUUCCUCACCUUGUUUCGUUUUUUUGCAGAGUUUACGGCGACAAGGCAGGUGAUGUAAUCUACGGCCUAAAAACGUGUCCAGCAACCGUAGUUCCGAUUGUAAUUCAACGUAUGCGUCAAAAGGACAACGAGUGGCGCGAAGCCGUGCGUUCAUUUCACCGUAUUUGGUCUGACCAGGAUGCCAAGAACUACCUGCGCUCCUUGGACCACCAGGGUGCUACAUUUAAGCAGCGUGACAAUCCCUUCCUCCGAACGAAGACAGUCAUUAAUCAAAUUGAAGCUAUCGCUAGGGGGGAAAAAUCGCAGUCGUCUGAAUCGGACUCACCUGACCCAGUCGGAUGCUUACUGUCAAAAUGUCUGACUUCCUGUUCCUCCGCCUACGAUUCUCUCCACCCAGGAUCCUUAGGGUCUGCUUUGAGUCACGUAGUAGAGGGUAUUGGCGACGAUGGCGGAAUGCAUAUGACUCUUGAGUACCCUCCGCCUAAUGUGUGUGCCUCUUUACUGGAGGAUGUUGCUUCUCUGAUAAUCCAUCACGUCAAAAGGCAGUCAAACACUAGCAAAGAAGAUAAACGAGCCAUGAAAUUUCUGGUGCGCACAGUCCUACAGGACCUUUUUAUGCAGGAACGCUUCCCCAUGUCAGAUGAUGAAGAUGAUGAGGUUGACCGAAGUGAGGACAGUGAUGCAGGCGACGACGAAGAGGCAGACAAGGAGGGACCCUCCAACCUGGAGGAGAAUGCUUCCAACAACGGUCGUCGCAGCGCUAGACGGACUAGACGUGCAGCUCGCACUGCGACGCAAACGAAUGGCAAGUCGAGCGCAAAAGCCUCACCGCCAAACAGUCUGCCACAGUCGGUGGAUAAUGAUGCUAAUACUCGCUUAUCGCAAGACCCCUCUAAAUCGGGUACUGAGGUAAAGGCGACGCCUGAAGCUGAUCACACCAGAGCGCCGGUAGAGGCCUAUUUUGGGGGUAGAGCCCAGAAUACACGACCGGAAGUAGAUUUCAACGCCAAGAUGCCUAUGGAAGAGUACUAUAGUCUGUUCUAUGGCAAUAAUCAUUGGUACGCCUUUCUGCGCCUUCACCAUCUCCUCCUUACUCGGCUUUCACAACUGCGAUCUCGGGCUAUUAUCCUCCAGGAAGAACACGCCAAAGAAGGCGGCAAAUCAAACCCUCAGGCCGCCGAAGUGUUGCGUCUUCGCAAAGCCGGUUGCUCUGAACCGAGGGAACACUACCACAGGGCCCUUAAUCUAGUGAAGGACUUACUUGAUGGCUGCGAGGACAUUCAGACCUAUGAGGAUCGUCUUCGUGACAUGUUUGGAAUCUACGCCUACCCAUGGUUCACAAUGGACCGACUGGUUACUAAUUUGGUCCGCCAGCUGCAUUUACUCGCCAGUGGGGAUGAACUAAGCCACCGGCUUACCUCUUUGUUUCGUAGCUACUUUAAAUCCUCAAUCAACCGCUCUGCCUGCGGCGGAAAUAAAUCCAAACAGGAGCCCGAACUCUGCGAUUUUAUGCCAAAAAGCCCGAUACCAGUUGAUUCAACGGCGGAGGCCAGGCACUGGUACGACUAUCUAGCCAAGUACCUUCUGCUUCCUGGCUGCUGGACCGCUGGCCCUCUGUCGUCGUCCGUACUAGCACGUAUUCGUCCUGUAUUCCUCUACAGAAAUGUCAAACGUUGUGUAAAUCGCCUUACACAACAGGCAGUUCUUCGUCGUCAACAGGAGCUUAUUACUACUGGUGAUCCUCAGCCCGAAGAGAUGCUUUUACGGCGCCUUUCUGAGACAAGCGAGACACCACUGCAAAUUGACGAGCAGCCCGAGCUGGCUGCUUCAAGUUCACCAGAGGCUGCCACACCCAGUCACGUGCCUGGAGUUGGGUUAAAGGGGAACUUGGAGAAGGAUAUUUGGGAGCUAAUGGUUGGCGUCUUUCGCAAUAACUUAACACACACCGAGCUCUUCCGUGACACCUAUUCGAGUGAUUGCAUGCAAUCGAGUACAAAUUUAUCCGUCAAAUCGGCUUCGAAGACCUACAAGAUUAACUGGUCCGUCGGAUCAUAUGGAAUAUUUGUACGGCGAAAGGGCAAGAAUUCAUCUUGCUCGAGCCGCCCUUCAAAGAAGUUCCGCGAUUUUCAAGCACGUUGGCUACGGGAGCAUUAUGAUCCGCAGCAAAUGGCUCAGAUAACAAAACAGUUUAGUCGUCCAGGCACCGAUGUUUCCUCGGCCUGUGAUGUUCCCAAACCUGAAAUUGAAGCAGCACUGGGUGCAGAGGAAGAGCCCGCGGCCCAAUCGUCUAAUAGUCUGCCCAAGGAUGAAGCAAUGACCGAGGAUUCUGACUGUGAAUUGGUGAUUACGGAUGUGAAACAAGAACAGUCUGCUCCCAAAAACGCGCCAUUGGUUCCCGCAUCAAAGGAACAGCCAAAAUCAAUUAGCGAUUCCCCAAAUUCCUCACCAGAGCCUCCCGUUGAUGUCAAAAGUGAACAUGAAGAUGUGAGCUAA